GUAUCUUCUUGGCCGACCAGGAUCUGUCUAGUCCGGAGCAGCCCAGGGUUCUAUCCCAGGAUAACGUCCAAGGCAGGAUCAAAGAACUCCAGGAAUUGACAUCAAUGGGUUACCAAGCAGAUCUCAAGGUAGGUUUCUAUAUUAUUUCUGAUUGGCCAGAUGAAGCUCCAGCAGCAGAACAUGCGUCUAGGCCCGUCCCCAAUAGUCCUGCCAAUCAAACGUCCAGAGGACCUGGGGGGCAGCUCAGAGGACGAUGGUCUGCCCCACAGCCCUCCCGAAAUCUCCAUGGGCGACCACAGACACCCCCGGGGGGCAUCUUACAAGGUGAGACUUUGUGCACCGCAUCCUCAGGUCCUGUCUCCAUACUCUCUCCAACCUCCACCCUCAACCUCCUCCUCCAUAAAACCUCCAUUUUCUCUCAAUGAGUCGGUAUGUAACUGUAUGUUUGCAUUCCAGCAGUGCCAAUAGUUGAACUUUGCAUUCCUCAUCAGCCAUUGUGUGUCAAACAAACCCUUCCCCAUUCCUCCACAGUUCCCUGCCCCUCCCAGGCACCAUAGCUCUCUGAGUUUAGCAGGAACAGGAAGUGAGGAGGAAGAGCAGGCCACCUCCCAACCCUUGUCCCAUCCCCUCUCUCCCAUGCUCAAACCUCCUCUUACCAGCUUCGUGCACCCCACCCCAUCUGCCCCCCUCUCUGCCUUCCCCCUGCCUCUCCUGCCUUGGAUUUCAGCACCCCAGCCCAGUUCACCCCCUCCCUGGAUAACUCUGCCGCCCGCCACCGUAUGUCCAUCAAGCCCAGGAACCAGAGGGCCAGUGCCAAGAACAAAAGGCUGACCAUGACUGAAUCGAGACCACGCUCAGAGAGUCUUAACAACUUUGACCGGCCCUUGACAGAGGAGGAAGAAGAGGGGCCUGCUAUUACUGGGGGUAAAACACGUUUACGUUCUCACUCUACCCAGAUCCAAAAGUUGGAGCAAGGGGGGUUGACCACCCCCACUGCACCCCCAGAGCUGACACCCCUUAAGUCUGGUCCCACAGAGGCUGAGGGGUGCCCAAAAACCUCCACCUCCACCCCAACCCUCCCCUGCAAGCCCUCUCCACAAGACCAGCCGCAUUCUGGGGUUGCUCUGAGACCAGUGGAAAUUGUGCCAGGCAAACAGCCACAGUCCUCCUCUGUGACCACAGUACAGGACCUGAGAUACACUCCACAACAGCAGACCCUGAAACUGUCCCUGGGAGACCCCAAGCCCUCAGCCCCAUCCCAAACCAAGAGGGACAUCCGGAGCAAGAGUGGUGUGAAAGAUUCAACCCCCAGCACCGAGGUUAGCACCAAAGAAAACCCAGUCCCGGCCGCCCAGCCUGCAGUUAGCCUGGCCUCAGUGGUGGAUCUCAGAACAUCCUCUCUGAGGUGGAAGCCAGAGGCUGUGGCUGCUGGUCAGAGUACCACAGAGCCACCUGCUGGGCCGGAGAACGCAGGUCAGGCAGAGCCAAGGCCAGUCUCUGGAUCCUUCCGCUUCUCCAUCAACUCUGCCAGGGAGCGGGAGAGACCCAGGAUGGGAAGUGGUGGUUUCUUGGGAGUGGUGGAGCAGGCUGGGGCUGGGGUGAAGAGGGAGGGGAGGGAGAAGGGGACAGAGGUGAAGUUGAUCUCCUCAAAUGCCAGCCAGAGGGGGCAGGAGCAGCAUGGGGGCAGGCAAGAGGGAGCCAAGCCCAAAGAAGAGGAGUUGACUGCCUGCGAUAUCGGGGAGAAAGUCUUGGAAGGGGAGGAGGUGGAGGAGGUGGAGGAGGAGAGCAGGGAGGGAGUGGAGGAGGCAGUGGAAGCAAAGGAGGAGGCACAGGAAGAGGAGGAAGAGGGGAAAUUGGCAUUUGGCGUUAAGCUUCGCUCCACCUAUCUCUCUCUGAAGGUCCAGGCAGAGUCAGCCACCAGCCAAUCAGAUCUCAAGAUUAACCGUCAAAGUCAGGAGGUGGGUGCUCUCCCUCUUACCCCUUACACCCUUUACUCAAAACCCACCGGGCUUGAGGGACUACAGGACACCCCGCCAACCAACUCAAUGCCCAAAAAGCUCCAUACAAACACCUGGGAUGCCCCAACAACACUGUCUUCACCCAGGGGGAGAGCCGGCUCCCUCAGAGAAGCAGUAACCUCAGCCCAGCCUACCCCCUCACCUCUCACUAAAGAGGCCCAAACCACCUCAGCUAUCCAUAAGGUGAUCCAAACCACCCCUGUCCCAGCCAUGGAAGCCCACACUACCUCCUCAGCCACUCAGGACCCCACGACUGGCCCCCAGGCGCCCCCCAAGGCUACCGUAUCCUGGAUGAGCAUGGCAUGGGGGAAGACCAGGGGCCUCCAGCAGCUCUUCACCAGCAGUCUACCCAGAGAGUUCACUGGCAUGCAGUCCCCAACUCAACCGCAAUGUCAGACCACAACACAACCACAGACGUCGUCACUGGCUCAGAUCAUGACACAAACUCAGAGACAGAAUUCAACACAACCACAGACACAGACGACGAUGCCACUACAGGCUCAGACCGCAGCACAACCACAAUCACAGACCCCAAUGCAACCCCUGACUGCUAAACUACUGCAGUCACAUAAUUCAGCACAACAACCACAGACAGCAGCACAAACACCCACACAGACCACAAAACAACAGCAGACUGACAAAACACCACAGACACAGAACACAACACAACCACAGACAGUGACUCAACCAUCAACACAGAUCACAAAACCAUCAACACAUGUGUCAAACCAAACCAACACUUGGGCAGCACAACCAACCACCGCCUCUCAACCGCUAGCACAAUCUACCCUAAGUUCUGUGUCUCGGGUGACCUCACCGUCCAACCUACGAGCAACCCAGCACACCCUGCGCUCCACUCCACAGACCCAAGCCACACUACGAUCUGCCCCAAUAGGUGCCACUUCCACUCAGCCCCUGGCCUCGUCUUCCCUCUCUUCAAGCCCAAGCUCCACACCCAGCCAGUCCCCCUGGAUCACACGAGGUCACAACCCUACCCCUCAGCCCAAACCAGCCUUAGCCCCAACAACAAACCCAGCCCCAGUCCAAGCUACAGUCCCAGCACUAGGGAGAGGUGACAGGACCCUUGUCCUCCAGGGGAAGAGUGAGGAGGCGGCUGUGCCAACAGAGAAGUGGGUGGACCGGGACAGGCCAGGGACUGUGGGAGGGAGGGCAGCCUUUCUGGAGAAACGGGCGGAGUGGACCCCUCCUGCUGGGAGCAAGGUGGAGCUCAGGAGAACGAGGACCCCACCUGAGUCUCAGCCCACAGCUGAAUCUGCUGCUCCUUCCAAAACGCCACCCACUCACAGAAACACUAAAGUUGCUAAACUUGAUGGGAGGCCAGAAUCAAGCCCAACCAAAGUGGCAGGCAGGCAUGCAGACAGAGAGCACAAAUGGCUGAGAAAGAACAUGGCAACGUCGUCAUCUCCUUCAUCAUCACCUUCGUCAUCAUCAUCCCCCCUGCAGACCAUCUCUGACAGUGGGGGGCAGCCAUCUUGGAUGGAACUGGCCAAGAGGAAGUCAAUGGCCUGGAAUGACAAGACCAUGGACUGAUAGAAUGAGAAAGAAAGAAAGAAAGAUACAGAGAGAGAUAGGGGGAGUUCCUUAUUUAAAUGCACUUAUUGUUAGUUGCUAUAGGCAAGAGUGUCUGCUAAAAUGGCUCAAUUGCAAGUUGUGAGAGUGGUAGAGACAGAGCAAGACAGAGGGAGAGAAACAGCAACAACAGUAGUGAUGGGAAUGUAGCGCGAGUGAAGGACAAAGUGAGAUGUUGAGUUCAUUGAAGUGGAAUUGAAUUGACCUUGGAAGCAAAAGCUAUAGGUAAGCUGUAAAAUCGGCUUCCCUUGAAUGUACAGGCUUGCUUUGUUUGUGACAUUUUUUUGUAUUGUAUGUUUGCGUAUGGGAUGACUAUGAUGUAGAAUGGUUCACUAUCUCUGAAUUCUUUUUCUGUCUCUCUUGGUUUUGAUCCAAACAUAUUUUUGUCCCAAACUCUGGGCUUAUGUUAGAGAUGGGGAAAAUAUUAUUGAUAUAUUGUUAGAAUAAUAUUUGAAUUUUAUCUCAGAAAUAAAUAAUGUAUAAGAUAUUUAUGAAAGUAAUACAUGCUUAUGUAUUUGACUAUGAUGCCCCAGUGUUGUUCUAACUAUUUAUCUCUAAUUGUUUUGGAUGAAUAAUAAAAAUACAAAUGUUUUCUGUCA